AUGGUUGUUGAAGACCCUCAAAAAUCAACAAAAGAAGAAACCCCAAACCCUAAUGCCGAUGAUGAUCUAGAAGAAGGAGAGAUAGCUGCUGGAGGAGAUGACGACUCGUCGUCCAAGAGAUCACUUUCUUUACCUAAUCAGUCACACCCACUUGAACAUCAAUGGACUUUCUGGUUUGAUAAUCCAUCUGCCAAAUCCAAACAAGCCACCUGGGGUAGCGCAAUGCGCUCCAUCUUCACUUUUGCUACUGUUGAGGAGUUUUGGAGUGUUUACAAUAAUAUACAUCACCCAAGCAUGCUGGCUGUUGGAGCAGACUUUCAUUGCUUCAAAGAUAAAAUUGAGCCAAAAUGGGAGGACCCUGUUUGUGUUAACGGAGGGAAGUGGACUGUAAUUUUUCCUAAAGGCAAAUCUGAUACUUCUUGGUUGAAUACGUUGUUGGCAAUGAUUGGAGAGCAGUUUGAUCAUGGAGAUGAAAUUUGUGGAGCAGUUGUCAGUGUGAGGGCUAAGCAGGAUAAGAUUGCUCUUUGGACUAAGAAUGCUUCAAAUGAAGCUGCUCAGCUGAGCAUUGGAAAACAAUGGAAGGAGUUUCUCGAUUACAAUGGCCCUAUGGGGUUUAUAUUCCAUGAUGAUGCAAAGAAACUCGAAAGAGCUGCCAAGAAUCGCUACAGUAUAUGA